GGAGCCUGGUCGCUGCUAGCCUUCUAUCAUUACCUUACCGCCGACUUAGCUUCUUGUCGUUCAAAGUAUGACCGGGGAUGCUGCCCAACGCUGCCUCUACAAAGACUCUCCGAGCUCAGAUACAAGAUGAACUCGCCCGUAAAAUCCAAAACUCGGACAGCAUCGCUGACGCCUAUAUUCGAUACCAGGACAUUCGGCAAGCCUGGUCUGGUCACGACACGAUUCAGCAUGCCUUGCAUCCAGUCCGUCUAUCGCCUGCGGACAUUGAUAGUAUUCGUGACCGUCUUCUGGAGUACUUAUCGAUCCUCGUGUACAUCGGCGCCGACGAAUUUCUUGACAACUGCCGUGAUUACUUCUUCGACGUACAAGGGAACGUUCUUCAUGACGAUUCGAAGUUACCGGUCAAAGAACAACAAGUACCGCCCGUUGGAAGUUUCCACCUCCGGCAACGAUUCUUCAGCGACCAAUUCCUCUUUAAGCCGGAGACACUUGUUGAAUCAUCAAUAAUAAAGAAUAUUGAUAGCCAGCGUCGACUUCCAUUUGAGUUCAUCUCAAGAGAUGUGUUUGCGGGCGCAUACGGCAAAGUAGACAAGAUGGGAAUAUCGCCUUUCUACCUUAAUACAGUGGAUGGCAACCAAAACCCUCAUGUGAAAUUUGUCGCAUGCAAAAGGUUUCAUGCCUCGAGCUCGUCCCAUAUCGACUCGAAACGAGAACUAGAUAAUCUACAGGUCUUGAAAGAAAGCAUCACGUCUCACGGACAUAUUCGGAUACAUUUAGCAAUCCUUUUCCAUAAGGGCGAACAUUUGAUCCUGCUGCCAUGGGCUGACCACCUUGAUCUUGACAUUUUCCUCCUUGGAGGCCACACUUUCAUGGGCACAAAGCUUUACGAUUUUAAACUGCGAUUUCAUCAGAUUCAGCCAGCAACCAUGAUCAACGACAUCUGUACCCAGAUGUCUCACAUUGCUGAUGCUUUAGAGUGGCUUCAUAAAGGCAUUCUUGGGGGGGCGCAGCGAAAUCGAGUUUAUUUUGCGCAUAUGGACCUGAAGCCGAAUAACAUACUAAUUGACACAGAUCAAGCGUCGACUGUGGGAAAGUGGGUCCUUACGGACUUCGGUAUUUCAGCCUUCAAAGAAGAUGACUAUUCAGCUCCCACCAAUCUUCUGUCAAUCCGAGAUUUGUACGAAAACUUGACCAUCAAGACGACUCCGCGCCGUGACCCUGGCGCUUACCAACCUCCCGAAAUUGAACAUAUCAUCAACAGGUCCUUGGGACCUGGUAGCAACGCUCAUCCAGGACGUGCGGGGCGAAAAGGUGAUAUUUGGUCCUUCGGAUGUAUCUUCGCCGAGGUCCUUGCCUUUGCCCUUGGCCAGACCCCUGCCGUCGAAGAUUUCCGGAAGUAUCGCAAGGGGUUGCAUAAAAAUGAUUAUUUCUACGAAAAAGUCCCGAAUCAGACACUUGUCCUACACAACCAGGGAACAUCAUAUCAGGUACGCUCUGAAGUGAGAGCCUGGUUGGGCAGGCUACCAGAAACAUAUUCGUUUCCAAACAAAGCCAUCGACUGCUGUGUGCAAACAAUCCUGGACAUUCUUGUGGCGGACGGUUCGAAUAGGCCCAGAGCGCAUGAUUUAGUUAGAAAGAUGGAGCAUGUUGCAAACCAUGUAAUCACUGCCCGACGUCCCGGGCCCCUUCGAAACUGUCCAUUGGUAAGGCAUUCACCGCAGCUACAGGUUCCACCACUGCCAAAUGAAAAUCCCGUCGACUCAUACACAUCGUUACAACACGAAAUCUCGCGGCUUCCGUCAAUCAAGAGGACCAAGACUGGAUUUGAAGAGACCCUCCUCAGUAACGGUACACCUUCAUUCGGAGGAGAGAGUCACGUAUCUAGGUUUGCAAUGCAAGGUCCGGCGUCUGAGCCCACUUCUACACAACUACAACCUACACUGAGUCCUGUAGCGGAUAGUACACAACGCUUCGAAACCAACCAAGAUAACACUCAGUUCUCACAAAAUACUACUCCUGACCGAAUCAAUUCACCCAGAGGAUUAGCAAUCAAUCUAGGAAAAGACGACCCAAGUGACUCGUCUUAUGAAGACAAAUCAUCGGGGUUCAGGCCAUCCUUCGCCAGAGAAUCCAGAUUAGACCUCCAUGGAGUUAUACUCAAUCAAGACAAGCUGCGUGAGACUAGGGAUCCGGUAGAAGUCAGUAUAGCUGACUUAUCCAAAUCUGAGGUUCUUUCAGUCUCGCUUUGUCCAUCAGGACAUCGCAUAGCCUUUCUCGUCACACGACCGAAAGACAUGCAUCGAUUAAUCUACCUCUGCAAGAUCUCCUUAAACACGCUAAAACUACAACCCGAUGGAUUACCCAUCAAAUUGCCUCUAGGCCCAGAGUGGAGUCACAUAGUACAAUCUGGAUGCAAUCACGUCGUAUGGGGCAAUAGCCGCGGAGGAAUCAAACAUGUUUACAUGGGUAGCGGAGUGAUCGAGCGCGCAAAGUGGGAUUCGACGCAGCACUCGUGGCUAGCGGCGCUGGUCGCGGUCGCAGUCUCCAAACAUGGCUCGGUUGCGUUUGUUGGAACUAAGAAUAUCUGCUAUGUCAACUUAGCAGACAUUGCAAACUUCCGGUCUCUUGACGUCGAGCAGGAACACACAUUUACUCAUGGUGCCUUCAACGACGACGGCACUCUUCUAUACGCAUGGGCAUUCGGUCGACCGGACGAUCGCCUGUAUGUUUGGCGCAUUGAUGAAGCUACGAGAGAUUUGGUCCUUCCUACAGACUCGGAAGGAAGCUAUGAGUCGAAACAACAAGGAAAAUCGAACACAACUCUCAUUCCUUAUAACAGCUAUUUAGGUUGCAUCAUACGUGCGCCAGGAGAUGUUUUCUUCCCAGCUCAAAUCCGCAGCACGCACCGUGGAAGUAGUACCACUCUUCCAAAGAUGACUACAAUAAUUCCCAAGACCGUUGCAGCUUGCGUGUAUGGCGAUCACUCGUUGCUUGUAGUUGAGAAAGGCAUUUUACAUACGCGCAUCCGAGAACAUCGUAUCGUCGGCGGCGCUAAUCACAUCAUCGAAGCUGCAGCGAAACGGCCUAUGGUUGAAUGGAAUUUUUCCGCGGGGAAGAUUACGCAAAUGAGAGUGGUCCAUGUACCAGACACCGAUGAUCUGAUGAUUAUACUUUGUACUCUGGAGAACAAGGUGGUCUUGAUCCCAAUCAUCGCGAGAGAGACAAGAAGCUGAGAGAACCGCUGGCCAGAUCUCACUAAGUUGUAGAGUUCCAUCUAUGCAAUAAUCUUAGACUAUCCAC